AAGGCUCUGGUUUUUGAUGGAACCCAAUGAGGAAGUGAACGCCGUGACUGUGCCGAGUGGCUUGGGAAGGGGCGCAAUAAUGAUCGCUGUGAGCAUUAUUUGUGCGGCGAUUGUCAUAUUUUUAUUACAUUAUGUCUUCGGCGGCCGCGGGCCUGAUCCCUUUGAGAAGGACACUCGUGAACCGCUAAAGAAGAGAGUUUACGACAAGAAAGAGAAAAAUAAAGUGCUGAAGCAAGGUUUUGUGGCCAAUAGAGUACCGGAGAAUCUGGAUGCCAUCGUCAUCGGCAGUGGGGUUGGUGGGCUCGGACUUGCCGUGCUGCUUGCAAAAGUUGGAAAAAGGGUUUUGGUUCUGGAGCAGCACAGCCGGGCCGGAGGAUGCUGCCACACGUUCACUGAGAAGGGCUUUGAAUUUGAUGUUGGAAUCCACUACAUUGGCGAACUGUUGGACCACAAGCCGUUUCGAUGCAUGCUGGAUCAGAUGACCAAUGGACAGCUGGAGUGGGAACCCCUGGAGAACCCAUUCGAUCACGUUGUGCUGGGACCUCCAGAAAACCGCCGCCAGUACCCCAUCUACAGUGGCAGGACUCGCUUCACAGAUGAACUGAAGAAGUGUUUCCCAGGAGAGGAAAAGGCUAUUGACGAGUUCAUGAAGCUGGCCAAGAAAACUGGAAACGGAGUUUGGUUCCUCGCUCUUCUGAAGAUUCUCCCUCUCCCGCUGGCUAAGUUCCUGGUUCACACCGGCCUAGUCAGGCAUCUGUCUUUCUUCUUCAAGAUGGCUCCCCGCAGCCUUACAGAUGUGGUCAACGAGCUGACAGAGAACAAGGACCUCAGGGCUGUCUUCAGCUACAUCUUUGGCACCUAUGGUAAAAUUCCCAAAGAUGCCAGCUUUGCCAUGCACAGUUUGCUAGUCACCCACUACCUGAAUGGCGCCUGGUACCCUAAAGGCGGAGCUAGUGAGAUCGCCUACCAUAUGAUCCCCAUCAUUGAAAAGGCAGGGGGCGCUGUUCUGGUUCGAGCUCCAGUCAAUCGCAUCUUAUUCAAUGAUGCCAAGGAAGCUUGUGGUGUCAGCGUAAUGAAAGGUCAGGAGGAAGUACACAUCCAUGCUCCUCUGAUCAUCUCUGAUGCUGGCAUUUUCAACACAUACCAGAAGCUGAUUCCUAAAGACCUCCAGACCAUGCCAGCUAUCCAGAAGCAGCUGAGUAUGCUGAAGCAUGGUGAAGGUGGUCUGAGCGUUUUCAUGGGUCUGAAUGGGACGAAGGAGGAGCUGGGCCUGAAAGCAGACAACUACUGGAUCUUUGCUGAGAACAAUUUCGAUGAACUGGCUGUGAAUUAUAUGAAGAAAGACAGAGAAGAGGCAGCAAAAAAUGUACCUCUCCUCUUUGUCGCCUCUCCCUCAGCUAAAGAUCCUACUUGGGAGGCGAGAUCACCAGGGAAGUCUACUUUGAGUCUGGUCACUUUUGCCAAAUAUGAAUGGUUUGAGGAGUGGAAGGAUGGCAAGGUGACAAACAGAGGGCGCGACUACACGGAGCUUAAACAGGCAUUCAUUGACACCAUUCUAGAAGUAGUAAUGGAUGUUUUCCCCAAGAUCACCAGAGACAAGAUUGAAUACAUUGAUGCUGGUACUCCCAUCACAAACACACACUACAUCGGAGCCCCCAAAGGCGAGAUCUAUGGCGCAGAUCACAGCAUCAGCCGGUUCGACCCUGAGCUGAACAUUACAGUGAGAGCUCAGACGCCACUGAAGAACCUCUAUCUGACAGGCCAGGAUGUGUUUCUGUGCGGUUUCGCAGGUGCCCUCGCCGGAGCUCUCACUUGCGGCUCUGCCAUUCUCAAGCGAAACCUCCAUCUGGAUACCAUCGCCUUGGCAAAGAGGACAGCAUUUAUUAAUACCAAGCUGAAAGGGGAGUAACUGCCUAACACCAUUCAGCUGAGAGAGCGCUUCAUGCAGCACUUAAUCAGUGCUGUGACACUUUUGCUCAUCAGUAACAUUAAAAUACUGGAAAGAGUUUAAUCUUCCAUAACACUUGGAGAACUCAUAUUAAUUUACAUUUCUCUUCCGCGGUUUGGUUAAGUUGUCUGUAAUACCAGAUUUAACAUGUCUGAAUAAUGUGGUCCUUAUAAAAGCCUACUUGUACUUACUCAGGCUUUAACACGACUCAUGUAAAUGCUUUGUGAGUCACAAAGACAGAAUUAAUAUCCACUGUGUUGUGUGGUAUUUUAUGCUAAUUUUCUUUUGCACAUAAUGUGCCUAAUUAUGACAUAUGUUUGAUUUACUUUUUUUUUUUUUAAACAGUUCUUUCAUUAAACAUUAAACAAGGGGUGCAAAUAA